UGUGCUGGGCAAACCCACGGGAUGGGAGCUGAGCUGGGGAGCAAAGGAAAGGAGCUCAAACCUUCCUGGCAAUGCUCCAAGCUGAGGGGGUCCCCAAAUCUCAAGCUCUGGUCCCGCUCUCCUGCCGUGCCACCAGCUCCUGGCUGAGCCCACCCCGUGUCCGGAGCCCAAACAAGCUUGCUGGGUCUCUAAGCUGAACCCUCCCACUAAUCUGCUGAUGGAGGAGUUUUCCAGGGGACCUGGCAAGAAGAGGAGUGAACGUGCUGAUGCACCAUGACCGAGCAGCAAAGUCCCCCCGAGCAGAUGGCGACUGGGGAGGGCACUGGCGAGCGAGGUGGCACUUACAAGAUCACCAUCUAUGAGCUGGAGAACUUCCAGGGGAAGAAGUGUGAGCUGACUGAGGAGCUCCCCAGCAUCACUGAGAAGGAGCUGGAGAAGGUGGGCUCCAUCCAGGUGGAGUCUGGCCCGUGGCUGGGAUUUGAGAGGCAAGCAUUCUCUGGGGAGCAGUUUGUGCUGGAGAAGGGGGAUUACCCACGCUGGGACUCCUGGUCCAACAGCCACAACAGUGACAGCCUGAUGUCCAUCCGGCCCCUCCAGAUCGUGAGUAGCAGCUGCCUCGGGGCCACCGUGUCCCCAGGGACCAGAGGCAGGGCUGCAGGGAGGGGGUCUGGGGGAGGAGGGAUGUCUGGGGGUGUGCAGGGCAACCCCCUGAUCCACACCUCCCCCCAGGACAGCCCCGAGCACAAGAUUCACCUCUUUGAGAACGCGGGCUACACCGGGAGGAAGAUGGAGAUCGUGGAUGAUGAUGUCCCCAGCCUCUGGGCUCAUGGCUUCCAGGACCGUGUGGCCAGUGUCAGGGCUCUGAAUGGAACGUGGGUGGGCUACGAGUACCCGGGGUACCGGGGCCGGCAGCACGUCUUUGAGAAGGGGGAGUACCGGCACUGGAACGAGUGGGACGCCAACCACCCCCUCCUGCAGUCCCUGCGCCGGGUGCGGGACCAGCAGUGGCACCAGCGGGGAUGCUUCCAGAACAGCUGAGGGACCCCCGCACCCCCCCGGCCCGGGGGCUGCCUGGCCUGACCCUGCUACCAGCUGAUGCCGUGACCUUGCUGUUUGGGUGCUGUUUUGGUUUUUUUGUUUCUUUUGUUUCU